AGCGUAACUUAUUAAACAUAGGUAACAUCUCCUAGCUACUCUAGGCCUGCAUAGCGUAGCAUAGCAUGAUGAUGCUAUCAUUAGUAGAAUGAAUACAUAACCAAAACCAAACAUAAUUAAAUUCUUAAAAAACACAUGCUCCGUUCUUUGUUCCAAAAUGCAUACUAAACAGGUAAGUUACCGCAAUGAUAAGACAGUGUUAGUGAAAGUUUAUGUUGAGAAGCCUAAGAAGAAGAGAUCAUCAUCAAUUCAUCAGUAUCACCAUCAUCAUCACCAUUAUCAUAUUCAUCACACGGUUACUCAACAAGUUAAUGAUGGUUCAAGUAGAGGAUAUGAUAGAAGAUCGGGAUUGCUUAUGUACUCUCGUCUCCUUCGAAAUUCUGUAAGAGGAGGAGGAUCAUCGCCCAUGCCAUUACUUCCUAAUAAUUCGGCAAACAAUACUAUCCAACAGACAAAUCAGUUGAAUUCUAUCAAGAAGCAGCCAAAGCAUGGAGGAACCUCAUCUUGCUUUGGAAAUUGGAAAUUUCUAGUUCCAAGCUUCUUAUUAAGAUCAUGGUCAAAUGAGCCAAAAAAGGAGAAAAAGAAGCAAGGAAUUUCAGGAAAUGGAUUUAAAAAAUUGCAGGUAAGUAAAGGAAAAGGUUUCAUUGAGAAAGUAUUUUCGACAUGCAAAUGAGCUGAAGUUCAAUUCUGCGGUGGCUGUUCACUUGACUCAAGGUGUAAAGCCUCAAAUAUGGAUUCUAAUAGUAUAGAAAAUAGGAAAGUUAGAGGAAAUUUAAUAUUAUGUUGCAAUAAAAAUAAACAUAAAUACAAGCAGUGGCAUAGUAUCUGACAAUAAUAAUAUAUCAUGGACUAGUUAGGUUUGCGUUCUUGUCUUACAUUCAAGUUGAUUGUUGACAAGUUCCUUCAUGUAAUUUACUCAGCAAUUUUGCUGUCGUUUAUGAGAUGCAAAAGCUAUGAAAUUUUAGUAGGGUAUGAAAAUUCUAAUCUAGAACUUCACCCUCGUGUAC